UUGUGAUUGUCAGGCAGUCUCAUAUCCUCUUAGUUGUCGUGCUGCUUGGCCUCAGGCUUGCCUGGUCUCACACACAUAACUUUUUGUUUCGGGAGUAGCUGCUUCAUUGUUUAUCAGCUGGAGAUUGCACUGUUAUGCUCCCUGACAACUGAGCAUUUGAAGAUGAUGCGAUUGCUGCUCCUGUGUCUGCUGCUGCCAACUGCUACCGCUUAUUCGGAUGCAGAUACAGAUGGAUCUGGUGAUGAUGACGAGGACUUGUAUCCAGAGUCUACCAGUACUAGAACUAAACAUGACAGCCAAGAAACAAAAGGCGAAGACAGUGGAUCAGACAAGACAGCAAUGACUAUCAUCAUUGUUGCAGUGGUAGCUGUGGCUCUUUCAGUUGCAAUUGUAAUUGCCAUUAUCUUAGUGAGAAGACACAGGAUCAAACAACAGCAAGGGAUUUACUCUGUUCCCAUCGACCAGGACAAGAAAGAUGCAGUUUAGUUCCUGGAUGAGGAAGUACACACUUAGAAUAAGGAGCAACGUGCUUUGUCAUCGCCUACUUUCAACUCAGGAUGGACUUUUUUGCACACAAACCUGCUGCUCCCUGCUCAGUUUUCUGUCUCAAACACAUGCUAUUGUUUCACCUUUGCUGAUGUCAUUUGAUGUACAUGUUAUUUUCCUAGGACAUUUGGAACAUGUUAAAACCCUUUAAUUGGUUUCUAUUUGAGGAAUCCAAAUCAAAGCCGGUGAAUAUGGCUUAGAGCUUAUUUUGUGAAAAGGGAUAAUUUGGCACAGUCAGGGCCCCCUUUACACUACCUGAAUGAUGUAUUACUUCCAUUGCUGUAAAACCAUAUCUGCUGCCUGUGGAGCCACCCUGUUUAUGGUGAGACAGACCAGGCUGAUCCAUGCUAAACCAAAUCUCUGCUCCAUUUCCCAUUCCCUUGUUUGACAUUAUGUGCCCUGCUCAUUAACACUGACUGACAAUCUGCAGCGACACAUAGACAAAAACCUGCUCCCACAUCAUGAACACAGAAUAGUGUGUGAACUUUGCAAAGCAUAAAAUGUUGCCUUUUAUUUUGAAUGGCUUUCACUUUAACAUUCUGUUUCACAGAUUGUAAAUACCCCUUUCAAUUCUGGAGACAUUAAAAGGAUGGAAUGGCAUUCUUGGGCAAAUGGCAGUCACACUUGUAUAGGGCACUAUGGCACAUAAUUUCAGUUUUUUAUUAUUUAAAUGGAAAUUAACCAUGCCCUUUAAUCAAAGGCUUUUAUUUCAAGGCACUGGUUGUCUUUCUCUCUUUCCUUUGUACAUAAGGGAAAUGCCGUAAGGGUAAUGUAGCCGUCUCUCCGAGUCCUGUGUAGGCCAAAUGUAUAUUUGUAUUCACAGUAAAGUCACAAAUGAAGUCAAACACUGAUAUUGACCAUGUUUGGAUCUGUCUAAGCAUAGCCCCAUGCUCUUGUCAGUCUCUGCUGGGGGCGGCUGUGUCUAGGCCAAACCACACCUCCUGAAGCUGCAGUCAUGUUUGUAUCAGGGUGUGCAGUGUCUUAAAUACACUUAAAUGCUAUGUACCACACAAUCUUAAUCACCAACUCAUGUAUCUUUCAUUUGUGUUAAGGAAUGUUUAUAUGUUAUUUUAUACUUGUAGCAUCGCCAAGUCAUCAAUAAAUGUAAGGCAAAUUGGUCAAAUAUUAGAUGAAACAUUUCAGUUUUUGCAUGUAUCCACACAAUCACAUUCAUUCUUUACAUGUUAGGACACAUACUGCAGUUUUAUUCAUCACUUCACCGCAAUAUCACAAUAAAUUUAUUUCUCCAUGUGGAUAGUUUAAAUGCAUACUGACUUUUCUUUUCCACUGCUCUGUGGGAGAGGUGGUUACGGCUCUAUCAAAUAUUGUAUUUAUAACCUGUGUAUAAAAACAAAUAGGGGUUGGAUUUUGUAACAUUUGUUUAUAGAUUCUGACAUGCAUUAUUAAAAUAAGACUUGGUUUGCCAGUUCCUAGCCAGUUAGUAUAUUUGUGAAGUGAAAUACUAAUUCUACGCUUGAUAUCAACAUUAAAUUAACAUAACACCAUAA